AACACGCCUCUCCGAGUUUCUGGGGUUACAGUUACACUUAACACUCAGGCCUCACCCCUCAUUCACUCCUCUCCGUCCUCUCCUCUGCGCCGUUCCCAACCUCACCCUCACUCACUCCUCUUUGCGACGCCGCUGUCACCACUGUUCGUCGCACCUCCUUGGCCGAGACCCUGCGUUCUCAUUUAAUCUAACUUCACGUUAAAGGGGCAUCUUCGCUGUCACUGCUGCCUGCCGUAUCCUCGCCGUCGCUUCUGCCUGCUGCACCCUCGCCGUCGCUGCUGCCUGCUGCACCCACACCGUCGGGGAUUCCUUUGCCCUUUCUUUGAGCCUCUGCUUGUUAAUUUAGAAGUUCAAUGGGUCCUAAACAAUGCCAAGUUUGCAACGAAGCACAAUCCAAGUACAAGUGCCCUUCAUGUUAUGUGCCUUAUUGUUCUCUGGCAUGUUUCAAGAAUCACAAAGAAUUUCCAUGUGAGAAGCCGUCUGCUCAAGAGGACAAAACAACUGCUGUUUCAGAAUCACUUGUAGAAAAGCCAUUAAUUGUUGAUGAACCUAUUGAGGUACUGCAAAAACACCAACUGGAUGCUAUAGUGUCUUCCAAUGAGAUCCGUGAUGCUUUGAACAAUAAAGCCCUUCAAGAACUAGUUUGCAGCAUUAAUUGUUCCCCAAAUCCUGAGAACGAACUUGAUAAAGCUAUGGCUGAGGAGGGAUUUCACUUGUUCACAGAUAAGAUUUUAUCAACUAUCAAUCCCUAACUGCAUGUACUAGUUGCUGAAAGAAGAGUGUGUAGCAGAAAGUUAAAUGUGAGAAGAGUCGACGAGAAACUAAAUUUUACGGUGUUUGGUUAGUUAUUUUCUGUAGUGUUAUUUGUACUUAAUUUUGGAACUUAUUUUAAAGCACACACGAAGGUGUCUCUUAACUAAAUUUAAAAAAUGAGUCCCAGUUUUUCUCCCAAAGCCAAACAGUGAUUCACAGAUAUCUCAAUAUCUGAUGGUGUCUCUUAAAAUGAGAUCUACAGUUGAGUACAUGUAAUAUUUUUCAUUUGUAUAGUUCUGUGCCCAACAUUAUGAUUCAACUUUUUCAUAUGCAGCAAAUUUUGUAUCUUAAUUGAGCCAAUGUAUGGGUGAAAAAAUAUUACUUUGAAUGCAGUUGACAUUUGAGGUACAAUUCCCAAAUCUUCAUAUCUUGUUUCCUUCUUGUAUCUUUAUUAUAUUUGUUAAGUUUUAACUGCUCAAUAUAUCAGGAGAUUUCAUGUGUUGAUAGUGACACGGAACCAACUGGAUGUCCAAUUAUUGAAUUUUGUCAAGAUAAAGAGCAGUGGUGUGAUUGAUCAAUAAUGCUAAAAUUAAUCUAAUUUAAGUGAGCUUUUAUUAUAAAUCUUUAGUUACUGUAAGUUAUCAACUUUCGAAUGAUUGGACAAUAAACACUACUUACAAACCAAAUUGGGUUGGUCUACUGGUUAACUCACUAGUCCGCUUAAGCAAGUGUUGGGGGUUCGAAUCUUGCCUUGUGCAUGUAGCAACCCAUUAGCCAGCGGUAAACCUUUAAAUGGAGUUUAGUACCGCAGCGAAUUAGUCUUUGGUAUGUCAAGUUGGGGGAUACAGUGGAAAACCAAAAAUAAACACUACUUGCACAAGAUCUACUUACACAAGAUUGAUUUGACAUUCUGUUGUGAAGUUACUUUAUAUAACCCAAUCCUAGUCUGAUGUCUCAGAUAUAGAACUCUAGCUGUGGAGGCCUGGGUAACAUGGAUGACAAUGUUGGAAAGUUUAUUAUAAUAUAAACUUU